UUAUAUGAAGCUGAGGGGGUCUUUGAAUAGAUAAGCUUCUGCGCCCUCUGCUCAGAGACAGGAGUUUCUCCACGCCCUGCAGAAUGCCUGGAAAAAUCCGAUCAGUGUCUGUCGUGUGGGUUGUGUUGGUCUGUGUGUCGUUUUGCAGCAGACUGACCGGUGUAGGUGCAGCACCCAUCUGUACCAAUGCCCAAGCUGGGUGCCACGUCCUGUCCCUGGCCAACCUGUUUGACCGGGUCAUCCAACACUCAGCCAGGAUGCAUGGCAUUUCAAAUGACCUUCACUCCGAGUUUGAGCAGUACUUCCUGCCCAGUAAGAAUCAGAUUGGCCGGGUCAGUCGCAACUGUCACACCUCCACCAUCCUCACCCCAAAUGGCAAAGAGAACGCUCAGAGAAUGGCGAGAGAGGAGCUGACGGAGGUGAUUCUGAAGCUCCUGAUGGCGUGGAGGGAUCCUCUGUGGCAUUUCCACCAGAGCAUGGCUCACCACCAUGAUUUCAACAACUUCAGCUCCAAUAAAGCUCUUGAGAUGAGUGACAUGGUGCAUGAGCUAGGCAAAGGUGUAGAGAAAGUGGCUGAGAAGAUGCAGAUGUUGGGUAUGAUAAGUAACUCUGUCAGCAGCCUGGCUUCUCCUGAGGGUUUGUUGCCAUCAGACAGUGCCGAGUGGCACCUGAUGAAAGACUAUGACCUCCUCUACUGCUUCCGCCGAGACUCCAACAAGGUCCAGAACUACCUGAAGAUCCUCAAGUGUCGAAUCAUUCCAGAGCAUGGAUGCUGAAGGCAGGAAAACAAUGGAGGGUAUGGGAUGAUAACUGAUAUGUUCACUCCUACCAUGACUGAAGUGCUACUGGGACCCAAAGACUCUGCCCACCCCCUGCUUCAUGCC